ACCCCGCUUAGUCGGAAACUGUCUACCUUCGAUUAUCGUGGAAGUGUAUCGGAAUCGUUAAGUUCGUUAAGACGUGCUCUUUAAUGUGCUCAAAUAAAUCAGGACGUGAUUAUCGCAAUAUGACGGUGACAGAAGUCAACGGCACGACAAAUACGCCCACCAUCAACAAUUCUGUUAAAAAUAAAAAGAACACAAUUGUAAAGUUAGAAGAUUUGAUAAAUGAAGAGGAUGAAAUUACUUUGGAAGAUUUGGCGCCAGAUGGUGGCUGGGGAUGGAUGAUUGCACUCGCAAUGAUAUUAAUUCUAUUUACCACAAUAGGUCCAUCGUCGUCAUUUUUUAUAGUCUUUGGCGAUUUUCUCGAAGCUUCCGGGCAAGCGGGCAUGGCAUCGAGCCUUUUUAAUUCCCUUUUUAUGAUCACUUUUUCUAUUGCCAGCUUGCUCACCAAUACAUUGCUGAAGAGAUAUACUUCAAGAUCGGUUGGAAUUGUGGGUGCACUCUUUUUCGGAUUACCUAACAUCGCUAUAGCCUUUGUCAGAAACAUAUACGAGAUGGCUUUUAUUUGUUUUCUUCAAGGUUUUGGAUUUGGUUUGAUUAUGACAAUCACCAACACGGUUUUUAACUCGUACUUUGUUAAAAAAAGAGCGAAAGUGAUGUACACAUCGCAAGUUAUUAUUGCAUUGGGCGGAAUUGUUUAUCCUAUGUUGUGUGAAAAAAUGUUGCCGAUGUACGGUUUUCGUGGUACUGCGGUAAUCAUAGGCGCUAUAAGCCUUAAUAGCGUCGUUGGAAUGACACUGAUGCAUCCCGUGGCAUGGCAUGCUAAAAAGCCGAAAGAUGUUCGUGCAGAAAAAGCACGUGAAAAGGAACAAAAACUUUGUGAAGAAUUGGCACUGUUAAAACGUCGUUCAACUUUCGACGUGAUACCUUUAUCUUCCAAGACUAAAUGGAGCAGUCUUCGUAGUCUUAAAGAAGAAAGAGGCGUAGAAAUUCCACUGUUGAUUGAAAAUCUUAAGCCUUCUGCGCAAAGAGUCGCGUCAGUCUCGGCAAUCGAGAGUGGAAUCCGCAGAAGGGCAAAAUCAGGAUCUGUAUGGGAAAAUUUAUCGAGGCGCACAUCGGGUAUAUCGGCUUCUAGCUUAGUUAAUUUGGCGACUCGCACUUCUUGCAUGCUGAGCGACUUACAUCUUUUGGAGAAGAGAAAUAGUGAGAAACAACUAUAUAAAGAAAUUCAGGAAGAGCAAGAGAAGAAAGAGAAACAAGAUAAAGAAAUUCAAGAGGAAGAGGAGAAGCAAGAUAAGGAAAUUCAGGAAAAGAAGGAAAAACAAGACAAAGAUAUCCAGGAGAAAGAAAAGGAACAAGAUACUAAGAAAAAUCAAUUAAUGAUAGAGUUUAAAACCAUUUUGAAAGAACUGGUGGAUAUGUCUCUGGUGAAAAAUAUCUGUUUCAUAAACUUGUGUUUUGGCGUGAGUUUCGUGUGUACUGCCGACUUUGGUUUUUCUUCUCUUCUUCCUCUUAUGAUGACCGAUUUGGGAUAUCCGAAGGCUUAUGCCGCAUUGAGCGUCACAAUUAGUGGGAUAGCCGAGUUGACGUCAAAAAUUUUACUGUCAGUUUUUACACUAAUACUAAGCGUAAAGUCUAAGUAUAUAUUUUUUACCGCCACAAUCAUUAUGGGAUUCGCAAGAAUAGGUUUUCUGGUGUUUAAACGUACAAUUAACGGCGCAUUGAUUAUGAUAGUGCUAAUAGGCAUUGUGCGAUCAUGGUUACUUGUUCCACAGCCUCUAGUUAUCAUAGAAGAUAUUAAUAUAGAAAAAAUUGCCUCUGCUUAUGGAAUUGCUUCUGUCAUCAGCAGUUUAGUAACGAUAAUUUUUGGCGCUAUCGUAGGUAAGUCGAGAAAGACCGUCAUACAACUUUUUAUGUGUAACUUAAACAUAUAUGUGUAUAUUGUUGUAGGAAUUAUUAAGGAUUGGACUGGUAGCUACGAAAUGUAUCAAAUUUCUUUACUAGUAUUAAAUAGUGCAUUUAUUUUACCUUGGGCUUUGCAAUUUAUCUUCGUAGACUUCAGAAAGUGGAGCGAGCAACGUACACAGAAAACUGACAGUUUAUCGGCUAACGGUUAAAUAAAGAUAUGUAAAAUGUUUUAAGAAUUAAUUAUUCAUAUUAAUCCACUUAAUAAAUUGUAUUACUGCUUUU